CUGCCAUGUCCAGGACUUGAACCAUGGUCAGUCAUGUGGGAGUCCACCGCCCUUAACCACCACACCACCUGCCAGCCCCUCCAUCUGUUUUUUAGUCAGCAUAAUUGUUCUGAGAUUUACCCAUGUUGUAUCAACAAUUCCAGGCUGAUAAUUUUUAAAUAAUUUAUUCCAUUGAUUUUGUUUGGUUCUUCUAUUUUUCUUAUUUGACAGACCUGUGGCAGAUAGCAUGAGGGAAGGACAGUUGCUAUAGAAAGCUAUAUUUGAAAACUUGGGGUAGGUGAGAAGUUUUAGCCUACUUGCCAGUGAAAAAGGUUCAAAGUCUAUCUUAAUCAUAAUAUUUCUGAACUACUUAAAUUCUAGUUGGUAUUGGACAGAAACCAUGAGGCCCUAAUUACUGGUAUUAGGGACACUUGGAGAAAACCUUAGGGAAAAUAUUGUCUCCCAUGCUUACCUUUUUAUUGGAAAUAUAUGCCUGUUUUUAUGAUUUAAGUUUAAACCAAUUAUUCACAAUUUUGAGCAGUAGAAUAGAGUCCUAUUGUCUGUUGUAAAGUAAAUAGUAAUUUUGAGUACCAGCAUUUUGUCUUUACAGGACAGGGUCUGUUUUGUAUUUUGUCUCCACCAGGAUAUUCAGUUUCCUUUUAGAUUCUUGACCAUUUCUAAUCCACAAACCAGAACUAGUUCAGAUUUGUACGGUGCGAAAUAAACUUAGGAUCUGACACGAUGGCAUCUGACGACUUUGAUAUAGUGAUUGAGGCCAUGCUCGAAGCUCCCUAUAAAAAAGAAGAGGAUGAGCAGCAAAGAAAAGAGGUUAAAAAAGACAGUCCUAACGAUACCACCACCAACAGCACCAGCAGCACUGGCAGCAGUGGCAGUGGUACCAGUGGGAACAACACCUCGGGAGAGACAAGCAAGAAGAAGAGGAGUCGGAGCCAUAGUAGAAGCAGGGAUAGAAAACGCAGUCGGAGUCGAGACCGGGAUCGGCAUAGGCGGAGGAACAGUCGGAGCCGAAGUCGGGAUCGACAGCAUCGUCACCGCAGCAGAAGCUGGGAACGUAGACAUAGUAGUGAGACACGAAGUCGGGACCGGCGUCGUGAGGAUCGUGUGCGCUACAGGAGUCCUCCACUUGCCCCUGGGCGUAGGUUUGGACACAGUAAGAGCCCUCAUUUCAGAGAAAAGAGCCCAGUCAGGGAGCCAGUUGAUAAUCUGAGUCCUGAGGAGCGUGAUGCUCGCACGGUUUUCUGUAUGCAGUUAGCAGCCCGCAUCCGACCUCGAGACCUGGAGGACUUUUUCUCUGCUGUUGGCAAGGUUCGUGAUGUGCGUAUCAUCUCAGAUCGGAACUCACGUCGUUCUAAGGGCAUUGCCUAUGUCGAAUUCUGUGAAAUCCAGUCUGUGCCACUGGCUAUUGGGCUGACUGGGCAACGGUUGCUGGGAGUGCCUAUCAUUGUGCAGGCCUCACAGGCUGAGAAAAACCGACUAGCAGCGAUGGCCAACAACCUGCAGAAGGGCAGUGGUGGACCAAUGCGCCUCUACGUGGGCUCCCUGCACUUCAAUAUCACUGAAGACAUGCUCCGGGGGAUUUUUGAGCCCUUUGGCAAAAUUGAUAAUAUUGUCUUGAUGAAGGACUCCGAUACAGGCCGUUCAAAAGGUUAUGGUUUCAUUACGUUCUCUGACUCUGAGUGUGCCCGGCGGGCCCUGGAACAGCUUAAUGGCUUUGAACUGGCUGGUCGACCUAUGAGGGUUGGCCAUGUGACUGAGCGAGCAGAUGGUAGCACGGACAUCACUUUUCCUGAUGGGGACCAAGAACUGGAUCUGGGAUCAGCAGGUGGACGUUUGCAGCUCAUGGCCAAACUGGCUGAAGGUUCUGGACUCCAGCUGCCUACCACAGCUGCUGCUGCUGCUGCUGCUGCCGCCCAAGCUGCUGCCGCCCAAGCUGCUGCCGCCCAAGCUGCUGCCUUGCAACUGAAUGGAGCAGUUCCCUUGGGGGCCCUGAACCCUGCGGCUCUGACUGCUCUGAGUCCAGCCCUGAACCUUGCCUCUCAGGCAAUUGCCUCCCAGUGCUUCCAGCUCUCCAGCCUUUUCACCCCCCAGACCAUGUAAAUCGGCGGCACAGUACACUGCCUCCCUGUGCCUCUGGGUCUUGCUACUUCCUUCUUCACGUCUACUCUUCCAUGGCCCUGUCUCUCCAUUUUGUGGACCAAGCCAUCCUGAGGACAUGGACAUUGACUCUGGGGGAAUUGGGGCCACCCUCAGACACCAAGGAGAGCUCCUGCCCAUGGCCCCACUGGGAAUGGACUCUGCUGAGCAAAACUCCCAGUUGAACAGAAUCUACACCUACACUGAAUACCUGUUUCUCUACGUGUGUUGUCUCCCGAUUUGACCUUGCCCUUUCUAACCACCUCUUAGUGAUUCCUCAAUUCCUCCCCAUUGGGAAGGCCAUAGGGCAUUAACUGAAGGAACUAACCUCUUUCCUUUUCUUAUACCUUUAUUCUACAGUCUGUCAAGGAAUACCCUAAAGACCUCUGAAUCAAUAGGACUUUAGAGUUUGGUGGUGGUGGGGGGGAAGAACCUUGAAGGUGCUGGCUUUCUACUACAAGGGCCCUGGAAGAUAGCACAGAUGUGCAUUGUAAGCUGCCUUAGACCUCAGCUUUGUGCAGCUCGAGGCUAGAAUUACUACUGUAGGCUCAGCAUCUUGCCGGGAGGCAUGGGGGUGAUCUAUACUGCCAGGCAUUUUGAAUCCCUUAGAGAUUUUCAGGAGUUUAGUAAAAGAUGGGCUACCUUCCAGUAUCUUCCAUCUUCCUUUGUAUACUUGUCCUUUCUCCCAGGUCCUCCCUAUGGCCCAGGGUGGGAGGAUGGAGGGAAGGAUGCUACUCUCCACUUCCUGUGUGCCUCUGCCAGGUCUCGACCCUGGUGGUUAAAGCCACUCCUAUCACCUGCCUGGAUACAUGUGAGCCAUCUCACUGGAUUUUAUACCCUUGUGUCAGUGUACAGAAAUAUAUAUAUAUGAACUUUAUACAAAAGGCAGUCCCGUUUGUGGUGGCUGCUACCUAUAUGCGUGUGGUCUCAAGUCAGUGGGUGUGUGUCUGAUACUAACUUCUCAAGCCAAAAAACGAUGGUUCUUGGGAUAUAAAUCGUUUGUAAUGUCA